AUGAAAAUCGCGAUGCAGAACAAUGGAGACAUCGAAGCAAUUCAAAAUAAUAAUGAAGAUUUAAGGGCUAUAAGUGUUGAUAAACAAAUUACAGAAAAAGAAGUUUACAUAGCAGGCUCAGAUAAUAAACUAUACAAUUUAAUAAGCGAAAUGUCACACCAUAUAUGUGUCCACGAAAUCAAAGUCCAUUUCUAUUUCUACAUAAACGAGAAAUUCAGUUAUAUAAGAAGUAUAAAUUCAUCCUUAAGUGUUUUAAAACAUUUGUUAUCUAAAUAUCCCCAUUAUUUUUAUAAGAAAUUAGAAAACGAAAGUAGCUAUAAUUAUUUAAAUAAUUUAAUUAUUAUACCAGAAGAUGAUGCAUCUAUAUAUGAUAAUUUUUCUGAUGCAAGGUUAAACCAAUAUCACAAUGAAAAGGAUAUAUUGGGCAUCGACAGAGAUAUCAAAAAUCAUAAAGAUUACUAUGACUAUAAUAUACCAAAUGAUAAACAUUACAUAGGCAAAGAUAUAAAUGUCUAUGUUGAUAAUAUAAUAAGCUCUGGUUUUAAUACAAGUAAUAGUACUUAUAAUUCGCCAGCGAGAGGCGUUGAUAGUUAUUACGAGUUUGGAGAACCCGACGGACAAAAUUUUAAAGGGAAAGAUAUAAAUGUCAAUGUUUUUCAACCUAACAGUGGUAACAUUCAGACGCUCAUCAGCAAUGAAUUGCAAGAUAAUAUGUACGAUAAAAAUGAGGAAGAAAAUGAGUUAAAUAUCUCAAGUGAUAAAAACUAUAAUAGAAAAAAAGUUUUAGAGGAACAACAAAGUCGCAAUGACUUAAUAAGUGACGGUAAUGAUAACAAUAAUGUCAUGAAAAAAAAUCUUGAAGUUCCAUAUGAUGGUGUAUAUAAUCAAGAUGAGCAAGUCUAUGAGUUUAAUUAUCCAAACAAUAAUUAUAAAGUCAAAAAUGUAAACGUUAAUGUUUUAGUAUCAGGCAACGAGGAAGAGCAAGGUCGUAAUAACGCUAAUGAUAACAAUAAUGUCAGUAAAGAAAAUCUCAAAGUUCCACAUGAUGGUGUAUAUAAUCAAGAUAAACUAAACUAUGAGUUUAAUGUUCCAAACAAUAUUUAUAAAGGCAAAAAUAAAAACGUUAAUGUGUUAGUAUUAGGUAACGUGGAACAGAAAAGUCGCGACGAAAAAACUUGUGGCGCCAAUGAUAACAAUAAUGGCAGUAAAAAGAAACUCGAAGUUCCAAUUGAUCUUUUAUAUAAUCAAGAUGAGCAAGGCUAUGAGUUUAACUAUCCAAAAAAUAUGUACAAAGGCGUAGAUAUAAAGGUUGAUUUAAACGCAGCUACUGACCAUAAAGAUAAGAGCAGUACUCGAGCGUUAACUAAUGCAUCUUACCUAAGCGGCUCUGGGAAACAGUUUCAUCAUGAUGAAGAAGAUGUUGCAAAUGCUAUGGAACCUUUAGAAUCUGGGGGUUCAAGUUGGGCAGACACUGACAAUAACGGCGCAGAAGAAAUUAUAAACAUUAGUAAAGAUAUUAUUCCGCAAUAUAAUACAGGCAGUAACACUGAAACAAAAAACGACGCAGAAAAUCUUGAAGAUCAAUAUCAAUACUCUGAUAAGGUUAUUAUGGAUAACGCCAAUUCACCAAGCGCUUCGACCAAAGGAGAUCAAGAAGCUGACCUAGUUGAUAGUUUAAAUACAAAAGGGAUAUUGGAAUAUCCAUCUGAAAAGCAUAGAUCAAUGAAUAAUAUCAAUCUUGUUGAAGAUGUGUUACCGCAAGUGAUACCACAAAUACAAGAAACGGUCCAUAAACCUUGCGGUCAGCAAGAAGACAUUUCACAGCCGAAAAAAUACGUCAUUGAUCAAUCCAUAAAUAGCAUACAUACAAGUGUAGAUAGGGUAAAGGAACCGGUAGAAAAAGCUACUGGUAUAUCAAUGGAAGACACUAUUCCCUGUUUUACUGCCUCUGAAAUCCUUGAUAUGGGACCAAAAACUUACUUAGAAAAGUCUCUUCAACCGAAAAGCAAUGAUAUUCCAUGUUCUCAUAAAUUUAAAAGCAUACUACCCAAACAUAUUCACAGAAAAUUUCGGCCGAAGGGAGAAUUCCACUUAGAUGAUCCAGUUGAUGGCGUUUGUGAAAUAGAUACUUCAUAUCCCAGUGCGAGUCCAUCUGCGAACGCAAAUGUUAUUACUUUACCUUAUGAUUUCGCGAAUGAAGAAAUUAAUUCUGGAGUACCGUCUAAUGUAUUCCCUAGUAUAAAAUCUUACAAACCAUUUUACAGCUCGAAAACACCUUAUAAUAAUAUUUUUUUACCACGACCCAGAUACUAUAAGCCAUAUACAUCUACACAGGAAUAUACUAAUCCACCAAAAGAAGCAUUUGGCCCACAACACACCUACAAACCCUUAAUGACUGGCUUUAAUACAUACCAACCCCAUGUUCACUUUCAGCCUACUUGGCCUUCUUUCGGAAAAACUAAUGAUAGUCCAUUUACUAUAUGCAAGAAACAUUCAAACACAUUCAAAGAUAUAAAACCAUCAUCUAUGUCCCACGACAUGAGAACAUAUCCAAAUUAUAUGAAUAAGAACUUGAAACACAAUCAAAACAAUCCAUCACAAAUAUUUAAAUUAAAAACAGUACCCCAAAGAAAGCUCUAUAAUUAUGACAUUGAACAGACACAGAACUCCUAUAAAUAUGUAAGUAAAAGUCCUAUUUCAAAAUUAAUGAAAGACAAAGAAUAUGAGUUAGGUUCUAUAAAAUAUUCUCAACCCACAUUUUCGUAUCCAGUUCAAUUAACACGCACUAACUAUAUUCCCAAAAUAUAUUCUAAGUCUAACCCUAUGUCAUUAAACAAACCUCAAGCAACCAUUUUAGCUAAAAAUAAUAUUAAAACAAAAACAAAUCCAUGUCCGUGUAGUAAUUAUACACCAAUACUUGAUCAAAUUUCUCAAAACCCGACCUCGACAUACGCCGAUUUAGUUACAAAAGGAUUCCAUUCCAUACAACCAUGUCGUAAUAAAAAUAUUUAUAUAGAACAAGACCCUAUUCAUGUUGCAUCGCAACCUAUUUACAAUAUACCCGCUACAUCUGGAAGUGUACAUAAAAAUGUAAUUAAUGGUAUCUAUGAAACUCGACUCAAUGAUGGUAGCAUAUACACUAAAAGAAUAAGUAAAAGUAAUAAUAAUAGACAAUAUACACAAUCCCCUUCACAAAUAGUUUGUAAUGCAGAGUUUACUCAAACUUUAGGUAAAAAAAAUCCACAUAGAGAUGCGUAUCCUCAAACACACUAUCAUAUUGGACAUUCAGGGUCAUCUCAGGACAUAUUACGUAAUCCACAACCAAUGGCGUACAAAAAGUCCCAUUGGCCUAAAUUUGAUUAUACAAAUCCUCAAAUUCAGUAUGGAGAACACGCGACCGUUGCACCUUCUAUAAAUCUAUGCCAGUCUCUAUACACCAACACUCCUGGAACAUUUCACAAGAUCCCCAAACCUAGAUAUACUAGUCCAAGCAAAUAUGAUAACGUUUUUCAUUGGUCUCAACAGAAACCUAAUCAAAAUGUGAUACCGUACAAAAACGCAUAUUCCCAAAAGCAAUAUAAAUUCAAUAAAUAUCCCAAUUAUGUUCAAACACAAACCUCUCCAUGGCUUGAAAAUCAACCAUUAAAAUUUCAUUCUACUGAAACUCCUGGUUGCUCCACAGCAUAUGGUUACACAUACAAUGGUCAGCCUCCAAUAACUCAACACGACAGUAUAUAUACAGUCACAAAUCAUCAACAUAAACCUUAUAAAUCAACACAAAACAUUUGCCAACCACAGCAUAAAUCUUCAAGUAGUAAUCACUCACCAUUAUACCAAUAUCCAAGCUAUUAUUUAAAAAAUAAUUAUAACCCAGUUUUGGAAUUUCCAACUGAUGCGACUCCAAACAUCGAACCUACGAGUUCCUACAAAACAAAAUCAUAUCACAAUUCUAUAGAAAGUAGAGUUCCAUAUAAGAAUUAUGUAAUACCGUGCGUAUCCUCAGAGAAGGAUACAUCUAGUAAGAUGCAACAUUUAUUAGGAUCAGUACCCCGCAAUCCAUUUACAAAUGUAAAUCCUUUAGUAUGGUAUGGGAAAGCAAUCCCUAUAUACAAUAAACAAUUUAUUUCAGGCACGGAAUAUCCUGAAAGUAAUACGUAUAACCUUUACAAAAAAGGAAAUUCUAAGAAUUCUGCAGGAAAUUUUAAUUAUCAAAAUUAUAUACCAAAAUUAAACGCUGAUAAUACGUUUUACAAUCAAAGUCCAUCACUGGGUCAUGGAUUUUCAUGGCCAAUACAAGGAAAUAAAUAUAUUACUAACAGAAUACCCACCACACUUGUUCACACAUCACAGAUUCGUCCAAUACUAAAGCCGUCUUAUUCUACAACUAGUAAACCUAUUUCAUUUACAACGCCACAAAACCCACAAUCAUUUGAUGUAAAUCAAGACUCAUACGAUCAAGGUACUAUACAGAUAAAGACUCCAUCCUCUCAUAAUCUUAAUCUGGAUAAACCUUGCCAAAGAAUCCCAUCCACAUUAAAUUAUGAAUAUACACGACCUAAUAAUUUUGUAAAUGAACCAUGUAAUUAUAACUCGCAAAUACCAUUCGAAACCUCACAAUACUCACCUUUUGAAACACCGCAAUCUUCAUCUAAAUUUACCCAAUAUCCUGCAUUAAUUUAUCCUCAGCAAUCAGGAAGUCCAUACAUGUCUGAUACGUUCGUAAAAUAUAACCAGAAGAGUCCAUGUUUCACAAAAAUCAAUACACUCAAUAAUCAACCAGAUGAUGAUGGACUGUUAACACAAUCGCCAUCCUUUAAACCAUGUAUUUUUUCUGAUGAUAAACUUAAUAAUGUAAACUUUAAUGUUCCUAAACUACAAACUUUUAAAUACAUACCUAAAAACCUAGAUGCUUAUCGUAACAACUACAAAACACGUAAUAGUAAUAUUAUGACAGGCUUACCAUCUAUGGAACCAUAUCGUUUUGGUUACGGAGAUCCAUCACAUAAAACUUCAACACAUGAUGUAACUUUAGCACCUAACAUCAAUACAUUACGACCGACGAUAAGUCAGCGCUCGUAUAAAUCUUAUAACCAAAACGCUUAUAACACAAAAGCUUCUUUAAAUUACUUUCCUUUAAGAUUUAAAACAGAAACAAAAAUGUUAAAUAGACCAAGUAUUCCUUGUUUAAACUACCAAUCACCAAAUAAAUAUAUAUCCACGUGCCCUAGUAUAGCAGACUUCGGUAGUGAAAGUUAUCCGGCUUCACCUAACAUAGAUUAUAACCCAUGCGUUGAAACGAAUAGUAAUCCUACAAUAACGAGUACAUUGCCACCUGCGUUAUCAGUCAGUAGUCAUCAGGCUUUUAAUCGUGGUAAAAACCAGCCAAACUGGGAAGAAUUUAGUAAAUUCAUAAACAUAAAUAAGGAUACAAGUAAAGCUAUCAAUUCAAUUCAUUCAUUCAUACCCACCAACGCACCAAACCGACUAAAUCCCCAAAGACAUUCUACUAAAAGUCAGAACCCAUAUAAGAAGACGAACUUUAAGAAAUCUAAUACAGCUAAUGCAAAAUCUAUUAUAUAUAACCCAGGUAAUGUAGAUUAUAACAGCUCCCCAUUUAUUUCACAACUUUAUCCAGAAACAAAUUUACACGCAACAGUAAAACCUUACGCACAGUCUACCAAUCAAAAAUCAAUUAAUAGAAUUGUAUUCGAUACAAGUUCAGAUAACCAACCAACACUUCGGCAGCCUAAAUAUUAUGGUCCUGAAAAUAUAAAUUACAUUAACCACCACAGUCCAUUAAAGAAUAAUAAGCCAUACUAUUCAAAUGACAAGAUCAAUGACCCUUUGACGUCCAUAAAUUACAGUCCGCAAUAUAAUCAAUUAAACGACCAAACCCCUGAAUGGGCGAUAAACAACAUUAAAGAUGUUUACAAAAACAAAAUUGAUGAGGAAAUCCCAAAAAUCCUACCACAACAAUACUUUGAUGACAACUUUAACGAUCCAAAAUUAAAUAUUAGCGAGAAACUCAGCGUUGACUUAGGCCGUUUAACAGUGGCAAAAUACGACGAUAAUAACCGAUAUUUAAUUAAAACUAAUAAUCCAUUGGUCAAUUUAUUAGUUUGGAAGUCAAAAAUCAAAACAUUAAAUGGAAACUUAGUGAUACAAGUCAAAGAUUAUCCAACAAUGAAUUUCUUGCCCAUUUUAAAGGGACCUGUAUGUAUUGACGAAGCGAAUAGAUUAGCUAAAGAUAUUGUAACAAAAAUGUAUGGAGAUCCACUAAUUUUAAAAGGUAAAUAUUCGGUGAAUGAGCCAUAUGCAGUAAUACUAAAUGGUGGUUGUAAAAGAAAUGUUUUGUGGCCUGCACAAUUUAAUUCUUUAUAA